AGCCUGCUUUGAGUUGCUAUUUUCUGACUUGUUUGUCUGCAUCGUCUCUGAAUGUGAUGUUUCAAAUCCAAACUGUGAAUGUAAAUUGUUUUCUUCCUUGAUUGUUUCUUUUCUAUCAGUUCAUUGAUUUCUUAUUUCAUCUUAUUAGUCUUUAAUUUAAAAUUGUUUUCACUAUUAGCCACAAGCAAUUUAAAUUAGUUUGUUCUUUAUGCAUUGCUGUUGUCACCACUUUUAAUAUCAAGUCUGGAGCUCAUUAAAUUCAGAGAAGAAUGGUUGAUUUGAGGAGAUUCGAUGUUUAUCGAAAAAUACCUAAAGAUUUGAAGGAAGAUCCUACAAAUACUGGAGCAAUUAUAUCACUAUGUUGCUGUUUCUUCAUAACUUUCCUAUUCUUCUCCGAACUCUUCGCAUAUUUAUCUCUGGAAGUUGUCAGUGAACUUUAUGUUGAAAGCUCAGAAAAUGAUUCCAAUGAAAAAAUAGCCGUGCAAUUGAAUAUUACUCUUCCAAAGCUUUCAUGCUCUGCUGUCGGUUUGGAUAUUCAAGAUGAUAUGGGACGACAUGAGGUUGGAUUUGUUGAGAAUACCAACAAAAUUGUUUUGAACGAGGGUAAAGGAUGUAGAUUUGAAGGAAAAUUCUAUAUCAAUAAAGUUCCCGGUAAUUUCCAUGUAUCAACACAUUCCGCUGCUAAUCAACCAGCUGAUAUUGACAUGAGUCAUUUUAUUGAUGAACUUAUGUUUGGUGACGAUGUUAGUCAACUUGGUCUAACUGGUGGUUUCAAUACACUCCGUGGCAAGGAUAAAACAAAUGUACAAGCUAUCGAAUCUCAUGAGUAUCAUAUGAAAAUAGUGCCUACAAUCUAUGAGGACAACAAAGGAACCAAACUGCAAUCUUUUCAGUAUACAUCUGCAUACAAAAGCUUCUUAUCCUUCCAUCACACCGGUCGCAUGAUGCCUGCUAUCUGGUUCCGUUAUGAUCUGAACCCAAUCACUGUUAAAUAUAGUAGAAGGCGAAAACACUUCUAUACUUUUCUAACCUCAGUAUGUGCCAUUAUUGGAGGCACAUGCACAGUCGCGAGUCUAAUUUAUUCAAUAAUUUUUACAACCUCUAAAUACUUUCGAAAACACGAAAUUGGAAAACUGAGCUAGUCUUAAAUAUUUUUAUAUCUUUUAAUUUUGUGAUAUAUCCAAUGAAAGUUUAUGUUAA